ACACGCGUUGAGGAAGUGAAGGGAAAACGAACACAAUGGCAUUUCACACCCAGCUUUCCACCGUGUUUGAAUUAUAUUUCAUUAUUUUAUAGACACGUGUUUUAACGAGUUAAUAACCAAAUUAGACAGCGUUUUUAAAAUUGUGUCUCUGACUGAGACAACAUGAGCUCCCGCAAUGCAAAACAACCUGCAGGUAAAGCUGCGGGAAAAUCACCUGUGAAGUCCGGCAAAGCAGGCCCAAAUGCUCCCCAGCAGAAAAAACCUGGGGCAUCAGCACCUGUCCAGCCUAAGGGGAAAGUGGUCAAGUCAAACCCUACAGCACAAUCAAAGAAUGCAGAGGCACCAACGACCAAGGCUGAGCCGACUGCAGAGGAGCGUGCCGCGUUGACCAUCCAGCGCUGUGUGAGAGGCCUGCUGGCCAGGAGAGCGAGGGAGCGCAGAGCCAAGGAGAAGAAGGACUAUGAGGAACUCAUGGACCGCUUGGAGAAGGAGGCGUUCGUGGCCCUGGUGCGUCGGGAGCAGGAGGAGGCGGAGAGGGAGAGGAUGAAGGAGGAGGAGGAGAGGAAGAGGAGGAAGGAGGAGCAGCGCCUACGCACCCGCAUCCUGGAGGCCGCCUUCGAUGGGGAGCAGGAGGAAGUCCUGGCCGUACUCAAGGAGGUGGCGGAUCGCGACGCCAAGGCGGGCGUGGGUCAUGACGAGGCCGGGAAGCGUCUGCGGCUGCUGAACCAGCUGAAGAUGAUCAACUGCUGCGACGCCAACGGCAACACGCCGCUCUCCGAGGCUGCUGGCGGGGGCCACCCUGAGCUUAUCACCAUGCUGUUAGAGAGAGGAGCCGACGUCAACACAAAGGGAGCCUUUGGGCGGACCCCCAUCUACCGAGCAGCCUUUGGGGGUCACCUGGGUGCGGUGCAGACCCUGUUGCAGAGUGGAGCAGACCCCCGAGCCCACGCAGACGACGGCAGCACCCCGGAACAGGUGGCGUCAGUCCCGGCCAUUCGGGAGACGCUGGAGGGGUGGGACAUCAACCUGACCGACGGCAUGCUCAAGAAGAUGGAGGCGGAGAGAGAGAGGAGAGAGGCGGAGGAGAGGAAACAGAGGGAUGCAGAGACCGAGCGGGUCUGCUAUGGCACACACCAACCAAGGCCUGUGUUUUCCCCCAGCCUGAGAGGUGAGGUGGACACGCUGCAGAAGGAACACGAACGAUGCCAGAAAGAGCUGAAGAAAGCUUACAUUGAGCUCAACAAAAGGAUCACAGAACAUGACAAGUGUGCGGACAAGGGUAUGGAGCAGGCGACAGUCACCCUGCAGGUGGUGCACGAUGCGGAAGAGGUCCUAGCCAAGGCCCAGCUGGCAGCACAGCAGGCUGCAGACCAACUCUCCCUGGCCAAACUCACACUCAGAGAACAGUCUGGAGGAGAUGCUGUUGCUGAGCGAGGAGGGGUACGGUGCCUGUUAAAGGUGUGUGUUUGUAGAUGGCCUCUGAUCAUAGACCCCUCAGGUCAAGCUGCCACCUUUCUGCGCUACAGAGACACCAACUAUGUGGAUGCCAUGCACCCAGAGAACAUGAAGCCAGACACACUCAGACUGGCACUGCUGGGAUCUAUACGCUAUGGCAAGGCCCUGGUGGUGAACAUGAUGGAGGUGGACCUGAUGGAGAGCGUGGAGAACCAGCUGAAUCAGGUCUUCCCUGGCCUGAGCUCUCAGCUGCUCAGCAAGGAAAUACUGCAGGACGAGAAGUAUCUGGAUCUGGUGCAGCCCUCGGAUGGUCCCCAGUACGACCGCACAGAGUUCAGGCAGGACCGCUUGGAGAUGUUCAGCCUGGUGAUGGUGACCAAACAGCGCCACCCGUCGGAUGCAUUGCUUACUACAUUUUACCCCAUUGAGAUCACUUUGCCCGAGUCCAAACGAUAACAAGCAGACUUCAUAAUCAGUGCUCAAUUAAACAAUUUUAAGCUUUUGGUCUAUCUGCAAACAGACAACUACAGUAAUGCAACAUUAGGCAAAGUGAUGAUCACUUGUUCAUAGGAUAUAAUUGUUAUUUAAAUGAAACAAAGUAAGGUAUUAAACAUUU